CACACUCAGGAAUAUGGAAAGAUCUUCAAGUCUCACUUUGGUCCCCAGUUCGUUGUAUCCAUUGCAGAUCGAGAUAUGGUUGCUCAAGUCCUCCGAGCAGAAGGUAGAGCACCACAAAGAGCUAACAUGGAAUCCUGGCAGGAAUACAGAGACUUACGAGGGAGAGCCGUGGGACUUAUUUCUGCGGAGGGGGAACAAUGGCUAAAAAUGAGAAGUGUACUGAGGCAAAAAAUUCUGAAACCCAAAGAUGUGGCUGUUUACUCUGAAGGAGUCAAUGAAGUUAUCGCAGACUUAAUUAAAAGAAUCUACACCCUCAGAAGUCAAGAGGACGAUGGGGAAACAGUGACCAAUGUUAACAACCUUUUCUUCAAGUAUUCAAUGGAAGGUGUGGCAACUAUUCUGUAUGAAUGCCGGUUGGGCUGCUUGGAAAACAACAUCCCACAGCAGACUGUUGAAUAUAUUGAGGCUCUGGAAUUGAUGUUUAGUAUGUUUAAGACCACUAUGUAUGCAGGUGCCAUUCCCAAAUGGCUUCGUCCGCUUAUUCCAAAACCCUGGAGAGAGUUCUGCAGAUCCUGGGAUGGACUCUUCAAAUUUAGUCAAAUCCAUGUUAACAACAAAUUGAAGGCUAUUCAGUCUCAGCUGGACCAAGGAAAAGAAGUGAAUGGUGGGCUACUUACAUACCUCCUAGUGAGUAAGGAAUUUACUUUGGAAGAGAUCUAUGCCAAUAUGACUGAAAUGCUUCUGGCAGGAGUGGACACAACUUCUUUUACUUUGUCCUGGGCAACAUACUUGCUGGCAAAGCACCCUGAUGUUCAGCAACGUGUUUAUGAGGAAAUAGUCAGUAAGCUGGGGAAAGACCAAGUUCCUGUUGCUGAUGAUGUCCCGAAAUUGCCUUUGAUUAGAGCUGUGCUGAAAGAAACCUUGAGGUUAUAUCCAGUAUUGCCAGGAAAUGGAAGAGUAACCCAAAAAGACUUGAUCCUUGGAGGGUACCUGAUACCUAAAGGGACGCAGCUGGCACUCUGUCAUUAUACUACUUCAUACAGCGAAGAAAAUUUCUCAAUGGCAAAUGAGUUCCAACCUGAGCGCUGGCUGAGGAAAGAUAAUUUGGACAGAGUAGACAAUUUUGGUUCCAUCCCCUUUGGUUAUGGCAUUCGCAGUUGUAUAGGAAAAAGAAUUGCAGAGCUGGAAAUUCAUCUUGCACUGAUUCAGUUGCUUCAGAAUUUUGAGAUCAAAGUUUCUCCCAAAACCAAACCAGUUCAUGCCAAAACCCAUGGACUUUUGACUCCUGGAAGCUCCAUCAAUGUGAGAUUUUCUGACAGAAAGUGA